AUGGCGGAGGAUAAACCCGCGGAGGAUGCGAAGACUCCGGAUGACAGCAACUUGAAGCGCAAGAAGGACACCGAGCUGGUGGUCCCCAUCUGCUACGGCACGUGCGCGUAUUGGCUCGGAAAGAAGGCUGACGAGUACCACUCGCACAAGUGGACCGUGUACCUGAGGGGCCCGGAGAAUGAGGACCUCUCGCACGUCAUCUCGAAGGUGGUGUUCAACUUGCACCCCUCGUUCAAAGAGGCGCAGAGGACGCUUGAGAAACCCCCGUACGAGGUCACGGAGACGGGAUGGGGCGAGUUCGAGAUCGGCAUCACCGUGCACUUCUCUGACGACUCGGGGGAGAAAUCCGUCGAUCUCUCCGCCCCACUCAAGCUCUACGAGGAGAGCGCGGACGGCAAGCAGGAAAAGAAGGAGCAGAAGAAGCCGGUGAUUAAGGAAAAGUACGAGGAGAUGGUGUUCCAUGAGCCUGACGAGUCGUUCCUCAAGAGGGUCAAGUCGCACAAGACGAAGCAAGCGCCCACCACGGAGAUCACUCCGGUGCUGGGCAAGAGGGACGACACGGAUGAGCUCCUGAGGAUCGCAACCGCGAGGAAGGUGGUGGCGGAGCGGGUAUCGGUGCUCAAGGCCCAACUGGACGCGCUGACGUGA